AUGAGUACAAUUAAAAUAAAAAUAUCAAAUAAUGUGUCGGUGACCUGUAGCCAUCCUUCAAAUACAAGCCAAUGUUUACCAAGUUCCAACUCUACAUUUAAUUUUGAAAUUGGAAAGUGCAUAGCCGAUGACAAUGAAUCAACACUUUUUGAAAUAUUUCAACUACCUGAAGAUGGCUCAUUACCUAUACCCCAAGGUCAACAAAGCUUGAAACAUCGUUCCAGAUAUAUGAAUGUUACGAUUCUAGUUGUAAGAACUGUCGAAUUUCGACAUUGUUACAAAGGUAACUUUAGAAAUAGUAUUUCCUGUGACUAA